CCCUCAGUCUAUUCUCCCGGUGGCGUGCCCACCAACCUGGUGCCGGAAGUCGCGUGUCGGCGUGCUAGGAAGGCCGUGGGUGGUAUUCUCACCCCAACCCCCCACUUUCUUAGAUCCUAACCAACACCACAUUCAUAAAACUCCUGUAUCACACACUAAAAAUCCCUCUGUAAUGGUAACUGGUAACCCUAACGAAGCUCAGGGUACCUCCGAUUGGUCGAUUCCUUCUGCAACACAACUUGAACACACAAACGUUAGGCAAAAACCACCCCCUCAGUUCAAUUCUGUUUUCUCCCUUGUGUUCUGUUGUGAUACUUCUUCGGAGCCGUGAGGAUAACCGUCCCGGGCACAACUCAUUUUCCCACAGAUAAUUUAUCCACGAUCAUUAAUUAAUUAACCCUAGCAACCACAACACUUUGCAUUUUUGUAAAUUUUGAUUGGAUCUUUAAUUUAAAAAACGGUGUAAAAAUGAAUUUUAUCCGGUGGUCAGGACUCCAUGGGGCGAGUGUUUAACUGUGAACAAGUGUUGCGAAACUCCUAGAGACCGAGUGGAAUCCUGAAUGAGACAUUUGAUUAGAAACGAAGUCAGAGUCACAGCGACGACCUCGUGCGACUUACGUUGGUGAAAGGAUUGUGAUCGAAAUAGAAGUGAAUCCGAUGACAAAUCCAAUAAUCCAAUCGCCAUAAUCGUGAGAGCAAAUCCAAAAUUGAGUCUCGAUCAAUAAAUUUUUAUCAACAAAAAAUAAUAACAAAUACCGAGAUUCAUUGAGUGGAAAAAUAACGAAAAAGUGAUUUGAGACAUGACCCUGAGAGCCUACGAUGAGCUCGAACGCUAAGAAAGGUGGUAAGGAUGACAAAAAAAAUGCAUCGAGUAAGGAAGAGAGUCCGAGUGGAAAGGAAGAUCCAGGAUCAGCAUCAACUGGAAGCAAUGGUAUGCCAAGUACUGAGCCAUCACAGCCUGGAAGUAAGCCUGGCUCUGCUGGGGCAACGGCCAGAGAGGCUGCACAACGUCUCCUGGGAUUGGCCAGCCGGGGUGAAUGGGCGCCGGUUGACCAGUUGCUCAAGACGCUGGAGAAAGCGGUCCAGAGUGCUGGAGAUGAUGGGAAUCCUGUGCCCCUGGCGGGUGUCAUGGAUCCUACAACCGGCAUGACACCGCUGAUGUAUGGAGUGAAGGACAACCGCACAGCCUUUCUGGAUCGUCUGAUAGAGCUGGGCGCUGACGUUGGUGCGAGGAACAAUGAUAACUACAAUGCCCUGCACAUAUCGGCUAUGUACUCCAGGGAAGAUGUGGUUAAAUUACUGCUGGCGAAGAGAGGAGUUGACCCUUAUGCCACUGGGGGUCCAAGGCAACAGACUGCUGUGCACCUCGUCGCAUCGCGACAAACGGGCACAGCUACGUCUAUUCUACGGGCCCUUCUUGCGGCUGCUGGACGAGACAUCAGACUGAUAGUAGAUGGCAGAGGAAAAAUUCCACUGCUGCUGGCGGUGGAGGCGGGUAAUCAGUCGAUGUGUCGUGAGCUUUUAGCUCAACAGGCACCUGAACAACUUCGAGCAACAACACCAGCUGGUGACACAGCUCUUCAUCUAGCUGCUCGAAGACGCGACGUCGAUAUGGUGAGAAUUCUCGUCGAUUACGGCGCAUCCGUCGAUAUGCAAAACGGUGAGGGUCAGACUGCUCUCCAUAUUGCUAGUGCCGAGGGUGACGAGACACUGGUGAAAUAUUUCUACGGGGUGCGUGCAUCAGCAUCAAUCACCGAUAAUCAGGAUCGAACGCCCAUGCACUUGGCUGCUGAGAACGGUCAUGCAACUGUAAUCGAAUUACUAGCUGAUAAGUUCAAAGCCAGUAUUUUUGAGAGAACCAAAGACGGCUCCACACUAAUGCAUAUUGCAUCCCUAAACGGCCACUCGGAGUGUGCCACCAUGUUGUUCAAGAAGGGUGUGUACCUGCAUAUGCCAAAUAAAAGGGGUGCAAGGUCUAUUCACACUGCUGCCAAGUACGGACACGUGGGGAUCAUCAGUACUCUACUGCAGCGAGGAGAAAAGGUCGACGCGAAGACGAACGACAAAUACACAGCUCUUCACAUAGCUGUGGAAAGUGCAAAACCAGCUGUGGUAGAAACUUUGUUGGGUUACGGUGCAGACGUACAAGUUUACGGUGGAGCAAACAAGGAGACACCCCUUCACAUUGCGGCGAGAGUUCCAGACGGUGACAGAUGUGCACUGAUGCUCCUGAAAUCCGGAGCAGGGCCAAAUGUAGCAACCGAGGAUGGACAGACUCCUGUACACGUGGCAGCAAGUCACGGUAACAUAACGACUCUCCUUCUACUCCUGGAGGACGGAGGUGACCCCAUGUCAAAAUCAAAAAACGGUGAGACUCCCCUUCACCUAGCGUGCAGGAGUUGCAGGUCCGAAGUGGUCCGCAGGUUAAUUGAAUUCGUGAAAGAUAAGCAGGGCUCCAACACAGCUACGGGUUACGUAAAUAGCCUGACGAAUGAAGGUGCUUCCGCCCUUCACUACGCAGCACAAAUAGACCCGAAGACGGUUACAGAGCCCGGGGAUGAUAGGGCCGUUGUACGAGCCCUUCUAGAAGGUGGUGCUGACGUUUCUCUUGUUACACGUCAGGGCCAGGAAUCAGCUUUUCAUCACUGCGCCUCAGCUGGCAACAACGAAGUCCUCUCCGAGAUGAUAAGCUACAUGUCAGCGACUGAAGUACAAAAAGCUUUGAACAAACAGAGCGCAGUUGGCUGGACGCCGCUGCUGAUAGCCGCUCAUCGUGGACAUCUGGAUAUAGUCGAAAAUCUCUUGGCGAAUCAUGCUAGGGUUGAUGUGUUUGAUCUAGAAGGUAGAUCAGCACUACACCUGGCCGCUGAGCAUGGCUACCAGAAAGUCUGCGACGCUCUGCUAGCCAGCAAGGCCUUCAUCAACUCAAAAUCUAGAGUUGGUAGAACUGCGCUACACUUGGCCUCCAUGAACGGUAAUACAGAUCUCGUCAGGUUCCUGGUGCAGGAUCAUUCAGCAGCGAUUGAUGUCCUGACACUGAGAAAACAAACACCACUGCACUUGGCAGCUGGUUCUGGGCAGCUCGAGGUGUGCAAAUUGCUCCUUGAAUUGGGGGCCAGCAUUGAUGCUACUGAUGAUCAGGGACAGAAGCCAAUUCAUGCUGCUGCUAUGAACAAUUAUGCUGAAGUCGCACAGCUCUUCCUCCAGAGACAUCCCAGUCUCGUUAUGGCUUGCACCAAGGACGGAAACACUUGUGCCCACAUUGCUGCUAUGCAGGGCAGCGUCAGGGUCAUCGAGGAACUCAUGAAAUUUGAUAGACAAGGAGUCAUUUCAGCGAGAAACAAAUUGACUGAAGCAACACCACUGCAACUCGCUGCUGAGGGAGGUCAUGCAGAAGUUGUCAAGGCACUGGUCAGAGCUGGGGCUUCGUGCGCUGAUGAGAAUCGUGCUGGUUUCACGGCUGUUCAUCUGGCUGCUCAGAAUGGACAUGGACAGGUGCUCGAGGUAAUGAGGUCUUCGCAAUCUUUGAGAAUAUCCAGCAAAAAAUUGGGCGUCACUGCACUUCACGUUGCUGCUUACUUCGGUCAGGCCGAUACGGUACGAGAACUGCUGACGCAUGUACCUGGAACAGUGAAAUCAGAUCCUCCAGCGGGUAAUUCCCUCGUUGGUGAAUUAGGAAGUGAAUCUGGAAUGACACCACUUCAUCUCGCGGCCUAUUCCGGAAAUGAGAAUGUUGUCCGAUUGCUGUUGAAUUCUGCUGGAGUUCAGGUGGACGCAGCGACAACAGAGAAUGGCUACAACCCUCUCCACCUGGCCUGCUUCGGUGGUCACAUAACUGUCGUCGGUUUGCUUCUAAGUAGAUCAGCGGAACUGCUUCAUAGCUCCGAUCGUAGUGGCAAAACUGGGUUACACAUAGCUGCAACUCACGGCCAUCACGGAAUGGUGGAGGUAUUGUUGGGUCAGGGUGCUGAGAUUAAUGCCACUGACAAGAAUGGCUGGACACCAUUGCAUUGUGCUGCACGUGCUGGUCAUCUUGAAGUUGUUCAACUGCUGGUGGAGAGUGGAGCUUCACCAAAGAGCGAAACCAAUUUGGGAUGUGUUCCCAUCUGGUUCGCUGCAUCCGAGGGACACAACAACGUCCUCAAGUACCUCAUGGAGAAGGAGCACGAUACAUACGCCCUCAUGGAGGACAAGCGGUUCGUCUACAGUCUCAUGGUCUGCAGCAAGAGCCACAACAACAAAUCCAUCGAGGAGUUUAUCCUAGUGUCACCCGCGCCCGUUGAUGCAGCUGCCAAGCUGUCCAACAUCUACAUGAAGCUCUCGGAAAAGGAAAAGGAACGCGCGAAAGAUCUCAUAGCAGCUGGAAAGCAGUGCGAGAGUAUGGCAACCGAACUUCUAGCUCUGGCAGCUGGUGCUGAUUCAGCUGGAAGAAUUCUCACAGCAAUGGACCGACGAAAUGUGGAAUUCCUGGACGUUUUAAUCGAAAAUGAGCAGAAAGAAGUGAUUGCACAUACAGUGGUACAGAGAUAUCUUCAUGAACUGUGGCGCGGUAGUCUUAAUUGGAGUGCAUUUCGGUCAAUGUUACUCUGGUUCACAAUGGUCUUCUGCCCACCGGUAUGGGCUGUGUUUGCACUGCCCCUUGGACACAAGUACAAUAAUAUACCGAUCGUUAAAUUCAUGUCGUACCUGACUUCACACGCGUACCUAAUGAUAUUUCUAUCUCUAGUUGCUAUAACUCCACCGUAUCCAGUUAUGAGAGAUGAUCUGAUGCCAUACAGUUACGAGUGGUGUUUACUUGUUAUGUUAUCCGGUUUAUUACUGUUCGAAUUGACUAAUCCAAGUGACAAAAGUGGUUUAGGAUGGAUUAAACUAGCAGUGCUACUGUUUUCAAUAUGCGGUGUUGCAUUUCAUCUUGUUGCAUGGCGUUUUCUUCCACGUACCAUCUGGCCAACGCUACUCUACCUCCGUAAUCAGCUGUUUGCACUCAGUUUUUUACUCGCUUGUGUGCAGAUACUGGAUUUUUUAUCAUUUCAUCAUCUGUUUGGACCCUGGGCUAUUAUCAUCGGAAAUCUCAUGAAGGAUCUUGCGAGAUUUCUCGCUGUACUCGCCAUCUUCGUUUUUGGAUUUUCAAUGCACUUUGUGGCGUUGAAUCAGGCCUUCGUUAAUUUGGAUAAAAAUCCGAGAAAAGGCGCAUUCUCAGACAAUUUAUUGGCCAAUGAUUCGGAGUGGAUGGGACCAUCUCCGCUGGUACCCCAUCAUCGUUCCGGACGCUACAAGAAAAAGAAUGAUUGUUGUGAUGAUAGCGCCCGAGAUAUCAAGAUGAAUCCAUUACUUGCAUUUGAAUAUCUCUUCUUCGCUGUGUUUGGACAAACAACACACAGUGAAUUGAAGGUUGAGACUGGACAGCCUGAAUGGACAUCGGCCCUUUUUAAACUAACAUUUGGAGUUUACAUGUUGGUAUCGGUUGUGGUAUUGAUUAAUCUACUCAUUGCCAUGAUGAGUGAUACUUACCAGAGAAUUCAGGCGCAAUCAGACAUUGAGUGGAAGUAUGGAUUGAGUAAACUCAUACGAAAUAUGCACAGGACAACGACAGCACCGUCUCCCCUGAAUCUUCUGACCACGUGGCUGGUUUAUUUUAUAAAAUCCUGCAAAGCAAGAUCAAUGAAGAAGAAACGACCAUCACUGGUCCAUAUGAUGGGCCUGCAACGCACCGGGAGGCUAUCACCGCGAUCUAAAAUGGGGGCUAAAUGGCUAUCAAAAGUGAAAAAAGGUCAGAUACGCCCGAAGGACAGCAUUGGACACACUGGAAAUGUUCACUUGAGUCCUCUCGGCAGUCAAUUAUCUUUCAACACCGCACUUAGAAUUGAAAGUGUGGUAGACUGGGACGCAAUUAGUAAAAAAUAUUUAAUUUUAACCGGUAAUGAGCCGGAGAAGGAACUCGAGAAGGAUGAUAAUCCAGAUGAAAUUAUAACUGAGGAGGAAAUUGGCUUUGCUAGUUCAUCCACACCAGUACCAACAGCAUCAACUCCGCCCAUUUAAUUAUUGUCACAUUGUAGACAUGAUGAUAUGAUAAUAAAAUAAUGAGAGGAGGGAAAUUUAUAUUAAUGCUGUACAUUUAAUUUAGUUGAAAACCUUUUCUAGUGCAGGUACAAUUAAACCAGAUUCUACAUCCACAUAUUAAUCACAAAUGAACAAAUCAACGUUCAGUAAGUCUUGAUUGAUAAGAAAAAAAAAACCAAAGCCAUUGCGCGCAUGUGAAAUUAAUCGCCGAACAUAUGAAAACAGCAACAAGCAACACACAAACUACACUGAUCUCCUUAUUCAAAUAUUUCUGCAAAAAUUUCAAUCACCUCUUGCAUCAUGAGCGACCAAUGAGCCUUAUCUCCCAGCCUCUGAAUAACAAAAAAAAAACAUUUCCAGCGAGGAGAAAAAAAAUUAAAUCAGCGAAUAACAAUAAUCACAAACAUUAGCAUUAGAGAAUAAUUUUUUUAAGCAUGAAAACGAAAAUUGCAUGAUACGAACGAUAAGGAAAAUGCCAAAUGCAUGAUUAACUGAUCAAUACAUUCGAUGUACAAUUAUUGGAACGUAUUUGCAGUGGUGAUGAGCCCAAUACUGGCAGGUGAAUUGCUCUUCUUCGCUAUCUUCGGACAAACAACCCAUGAGCAAUUCAAGGUGGUGGGGAAGAAAAGCCAACAAGCAUGGACAACAGUAUUCUUCAAAUUGGC